UUUUGCCGAGUCACAUCGGACACUCCCGACAUAUUCCGCACCCAUCGACCUUAUCAUUUCCUCGAAAUCAUCUCUGCAAUUUCCAUCAAAUUCAUUUAUCAUCCGGUGGUUUUUAUCAGUCAUCAACCUGCUGCGAAAACGCUUUCGUUCUUUUUUACAGACAAUAAAGACUAUGUUUCAUAGACCGGUGAGCGCCACGACGAGACAGGAGGCUGAAAUGGUGAACUGGGCUCAAAGGGCUAUUCAUGGGGCCGCGGAUGCAAUUGAAAAGCUUCGUCUUCUGUGUCUUUCACGAGGGGCCAACGGUAUUCUCGGGUUAGCCAGAGUGUUUCGUCGAAUGGACGAGGACGGAAAUAAACAAUUAAGCAAAGAAGAGCUAAUAGAGGGCCUCGGUGAAAUGGGCUUCGAACUUAAUGAGGGUGAGAUCGAUGAGAUAAUGAGCAAAUUGGAUGUCGAUGGAAACGGAAGCAUAGACCUCACCGAAUUCAUUACCGCUGUUCGUCCCCCCAUGUCGGAAAAUCGGCGGAAAGUGGUGGAACAAGCCUUCCAAAAGCUAGACAAAAAUGGUGACGGAGAGAUAACCGUCGAGGAUCUUCGUGGUGUCUAUAAUGUCAAGUGUCAUCCUCGUUACAUUAGUGGCGAAGAAAGUGAAGAGAGUAUAAUGAAAAAAUUCCUGGAAAAUUUUGAGCAGGAUGCAACUAAAGAUGGCAUCGUAACUGAGGAGGAAUUCAUAAAUUAUUACAGUGCGAUGAGCGCGAGUAUCGAUCACGAUGCCUACUUCGAUCUCAUGAUUCGUAAUGCCUACAAGUUGUAAUCCAGGCAAGUUCCUCGCUUUUUUACUCCACUGAAACCAUGUGGAUAUACCCUUUUUAGCAUUAAGACCGUACAAGUUAUAAGUAUAAGUUAAGCAUCAGUUUUGAAGAUCAGUUGUGGAUUUUUUGCGAUACGUAGCUGAUGGAGAUAAUUCUGUGUGAGAUUUGUCAAUAAAAUUUGUGGCGUUUCGUGGCAAAUGAACCUUAAAAAUUAGGAUCUCAAGCGCCUUUCUAUUGCUAUCUCUCUUGCAAGUGGCCCUGAGCCGAGUCAGGGCUUUUCUGCAGGACAGUCUGAAUGACAAUUAUUUCAGUGAAACAGACUGUGAAUAUUCUACUUAAAUGAAAACCGCCAGUGACUUAUUUUUCCGUUUAUUAUGGAACUUUCGCCGUUACAUAUCUUUUUAAGUUUCAUUAAUCAUUAAAUCGAAACUAAUAAACUACUUCGAUUAUAGCGAAUGAGUAUUCAAUAUAAGAAUAAAUACUUCGGCCCAAAUAGAGGCUGAAGUGAGUAUAUGGGUAGGAAAUACAUGAGUACGAAAGCUUCAAUAGCUAAGUGACUUAAUGAAUAAUUAUCACUUGUGGGAGUCCACAUAACGAGAGCAAAAUGUGUUUUGCAAACUUACAUCUAUGAAAGGAAGUAAUGUGGAAGGUUCACUCGCGAAUUUUAGCCUUGAGGUCUCGACAUUCAAUGUCGAGGAGCUCGAUCUUCUUCCCAAAGUGUCGUUCCAUUUCCUGGCAGAUGGCCAUUGCCUGGGGGGAGUCGAUCAGAUUUAUAGCGAUUCCCUUCUUUCCAAAUCUGCCUGUUCUACCGAUCCUGUGGAGGUACGUCUCGUGGUCUGCAUUGCACUGCCGAUCAACUGGCAGAUCAUAAUUAACUACCAGCGAUACCUGGUCUACGUCAAUGCCUGGGAGGAAAUGCAAUUGGGAAAUUAGAUUGGAUUUUCCGGGGCUACGAACGGGAAUUGAUUCUACGGUAUUACUUUUAUCAAUUUUUUUUUCUGCGCUAUUAACUGGGAGUAAAAAACCGCCUGAUUACCUCGUGAUAACACAUUAGUCGUCACCAUAACUGUGACACAGCCCUCCUUAAAGAGAUCAAGAACUCCGAUUCGUUCCUCUACAGUCAUAUCUCCAGAUAAAACGGCAACAGUGAAUCCCUCAUCCAUCAUUUUUCGAGCUAGCCAUCCAGCAGUCGUCCUCGUUCGACAAAAAAUGAUUGCCUGUCCUGUGAGAUUAGUAUAAAUAGUUGUGAUAGCAUCGUAUUUGGCUUCCUCAGUCUGGCAUUGGACGAGGAAUUGCUUGACGUUAUCCAAACACUCCUCCUCCUUCCUCAGUCUGAUGAUCAUUGGAUCGUCGACAAUCAUCUCAGCGAACUCCAUCACUUCUUUUUCAUACGUCGCGGAGAAGAACAUUAUUGAACAGGUCUUGGAUAACAGCUUGUGCAUCCUGAUACACUGACUCUGAUAGCCCUGAGUGGCAAUCAUCACAUCUGCCUCAUCAAGCACAAAAACGUUGAUUUUGGUGAGAUCGAAGAAUCGAAAUUUGAGGGACCAGUCCAAGACUUUGCCAGGGGUUCCGAUAAUAAUGUGCUCGGUGAUCUUCUCACCUCUUGACAGCAUUUCUCCCCUCACAGCAUAUUUUAACUUGAUCUCGGGACAAUGUUUGGACAUCUUGGCAGCUUCUUCCCCCGUCUGAAUAGCCAACUCAUAAGUAGGUGAUAAACAGAGCACCUGGGGAUAAGAUUUCGACGUGUCGACUCUGCUUAACAUGGCCAGCACGAAAGCAGCUGUUUUACCAGUGCCAGACUGGGACUGAGCGAUCAUAUUCCCUGGUGGAUCCGCGAGUAAAGUUGGUAGGGCCAUUUCCUGGAUCUUUGAGGGCUUCAUGAAGCCCAUGUCGUAGACCCCUCUCAGCAGUUUCGGCUGGAGUUUCAGAUCCUCGAAUGAUUUCACGCUGUACAGGGGUGAGUUUGGAUUCUUACGCUGAAUUUCUACCUCUUGCUUUGAUUCAAUGAGAGUUUUGCGGAGGAGUUUCUUGAGGAGGGAUUCUUCUGCUGCUGUCGGGGUGUCAUCGAUUUCGGGAUCGGGAGCAUUGAAUUUGCUGGGGUGUCCCAGAGACAAGGGCUGUAUCUGAUGAAAGAAUUGAAAAACUGAAUAGAAAUGAACAAAAAAAAUGGGAAAAUACAUUUCUACAUGACUUCGACAGCCUUUUUAUUAUUAACAAACGUCACAGGAUGAGGCAAAAUGGAUAUUUUUUAGUUUUAUUUUUAUAUUCACAAUUCAGGAAUAAAUUCAAUGGAAGAGGGAGUCUAGAACUAUUUGUUUGAGGUUAGAAACAACUGUAUUCCUUAAUGAAAAUGGAAAAAGGAUUUGCAAAUGACCCUGACUAGGAAGAAAAUAUUUUUGAGAGCUUCUUUGUUAAUGACAAUGAAAUAAUAACGGAAUCUAUCACUCCAAGGGGUCCUUUUAACCUCAGGAGAAUAAUCGGCGGACAUUCGCUUUACAAAAAUGCGAAAGGUGUUUAUGAAAAAAUAGCAGGAAACAAGGAUAAAUAAAGAAUGUUUAUAUCUUCUACAAACGUAUUGUUAUUAACAAAUAGACCAGGAUGGCACGAAAUAGAGA